AUGAGGAGCAUGUCCAUCCGAGUGCCGGGCAACCGAGGGUCCAGACAUGCGUUCUUUGGUGUUGCACCACAGAAGGCUCUGUCUACGAGUGCGGCCGAGACGGUGGCGGAGGGAAAGUUAGAGGGAGGCAAAGGAGCCCAGGGAGCAGGGGUUAGAAAGGGAGGCGUGGAUGGACGGGUGAGGAGCUUCCAGGAGAUCCCUCACACAGGAAAGAAUGGCUGGGUGAACCUGGUGAAGUUCUGGAGACAAGAUUAUUUCGGUCAGCUCCACAAACACAUGGAGAGGACCUUCAACACAAUCGGGCCCAUCUACAGGGAGCAUGUUGGCGCACACAAGAGUGUGAACAUCAUGAUGCCGUCAGACAUCUCGGAGCUGUUUCGCUCCGAGGGCCUGCACCCCCAGCGGAUGACCCUGCAGCCGUGGGCCACACAUCGUGAGACGCGCCAGCUCAGCAAGGGGGUCUUCCUCAAGAAUGGCGAGGAGUGGAGAGCUGACCGUCUCCUGCUCAACAAGGAGGUGAUGAUGAGCUCGGCCGUGAAGCGGUUCCUCCCUCUCCUUGACGAGGUUGCGAGCGAUUUCAGUCGGAUGCUGCAGGUGCGAGUGGAGAGGGAGGGGAGAGGAAAGAAGGGGAGACGCAGUCUAACCAUUGAUCCGAGCCCUGAUCUCUUCCGCUUCGCGCUGGAAGCAAGUUGCCAUGUGCUGUACGGCGAGCGUAUCGGCCUCUUCUCCUCAUCGCCCUCCAUGGAGUCUCAAAAGUUCAUCUGGGCCGUGGAGCAGAUGCUGGCGACCACCCCUCCUCUCCUCUACCUGCCCCAUCGCCUCCUGCUCCGCAUCGGCGCUCCCCAGUGGACCCAGCACGCCACUGCAUGGGACCACAUCUUCAGUCAUGCGGAAGCCAGGAUCCAGCGGGUGUACCAGCGCAUGUCCUCCUCCCAGGGUCGAGGGGCUGAAGCUGGGGCAGCUGGAGGCCAGUACACCGGGGUUCUGAGCCAGCUCAUGGAGAAAGGGCAGCUAUCUUUGGACCUCAUCAAAGCCAACAUCACUGAGCUGAUGGCUGGAGGGGUUGACACGACAGCGGUGCCCCUGCAGUUUACUCUGUUUGAGCUCGGUCGCAACCCAGAGGUGCAGGAGAGUGUGAGGCAGCAGGUGAGAACAUCAUGGGCUGAGGCUGGUGGGGACCCUCAGAAAGCCCUGCAGGGGGCGCCACUACUGAAAGGCACAAUCAAGGAAAUUCUCAGGUUAUAUCCAGUGGGAAUCACAGUGCAGCGGAUGCCAAUCAAAGAUAUUGUUCUUCAGAAUUACCACAUACCUGCUGGGACCAUGGUCCACGCCUGUCUUUAUCCUCUGGGAAGGAGCACGGACGUGUUUGAGAAUCCACAAAGCUUCCAGCCCAGCAGGUGGAGCACCAGCAGAGAGGAGGGCCAGAGAGCAGAAGGGUCAGGGUUCCGCUCCCUGGCGUUUGGGUUCGGUGCCAGACAGUGUGUUGGGAGGAGGAUUGCUGAGAACGAGAUGCAGCUCCUGAUCAUGCAUAUCCUGCUGAGCUUCCACAUCGGCGUGUCAUCCUCAGAGGACAUCAAAACCACGUACACCCUCAUCCUCCAGCCAGAGACCCCACCAAGGAUCACUUUUAGCAAGCUCUGA